UGUUAGGAGUCUCGCCCCUCCCUGGGAGAAACCGAUGCGAGGCAGGGCCAAGUCGAUGCGAUGGCGGCUUAUCCGGAGAGGUGCGUGGACGCCACCGUGCUGGACUUCGUCGCAGACCUGUCCCUGGCCUCCCCUGGGCACCCUCUCCUCUGCGACUUCGUACCCGGGGUUCCCUUUGGGGACCGGGACCUUGUGCUCCGAGAGGGAAGACGCGGGAGGCUGGCACGUUUUGAGGAGGAGGACCCAGAAGAGGAGGGCGAAGUAGACGAGGGGGAGGAGGAGGAGGAGGAGGAAGAGGAGCAUGGGAGAGGCGCCUCCCCGCUGGGCCGUCCCAAGAGGAAAAGGGUGAUCACCUAUGCUCAGCGCCAGGCAGCCAACAUCCGCGAGAGGAAGAGGAUGUUCAACCUCAACGAGGCCUUCGACCAGCUGCGAAGGAAGGUGCCCACUUUUGCUUACGAGAAGAGGCUGUCCCGAAUCGAGACCCUACGCCUGGCCAUCGUCUACAUUUCCUUCAUGACCGAGCUCUUGGAAGGCUGCGAAAAGAAGGAAACCGGCUGA